AUGAUUUAUAACCGCGAAAACGUUGCCCCAGUGCCGAAUGUAGACCUUUUGACAUUUCUAUUCGAGAACCCAGCUUGCCGGGCGCAAGAAAACACACCUGUCCACGGUGAAGCCCAUGAUCCAAACUACGUCAUUACAAAAGCGCAAGCCCGCGACAUUACCAAGCAGUUCGCUCAUUUCCUGCGUCACAACUACGGCAUAGGGAGCUCUGGGCCAGAUAAAGAUGUUGUUGUUACCGUCUCUACCGGCCAGAGCGCAUUGCCAUGCUUGUUCUGGAGUGUAGUCGGUGCUGAAGGCAUCUACUCAGCAGCAUCGCCGGCGAGUACUCCACCUGAUUUGGCCAGACAAAUCAAGGAUGGGCCAGGUAAGGUGCUAGUUUGCAGCGAAGAUCUUCAAUCACUAGGCGAAGCGGCGGCCAAAGCUGCUGGUCUUCCGUCACGGAACGUUCUCAUUCUGAAGUCCUACCCGCGAGUCGAGCUCUACAGCGUCGAUGGCUCAGUCAAGUGUGACUUUAGACAGAGCCUCGAAUGGCCGAGGAUAACAGAUCAGACUGAGCUGGAGAAUCGGACAAUUUGUAUCCUGUAUUCUUCAGGCACGACAGGCUUGCCGAAAGGCGUGCGCGUUUCUCACACAAAUAUGAUUGCUGAAUCUGUACUUCCGUCGCACCAAAAUCGGCCGGUAUUCGAGAAAUGGGACAAAGAAGGCCGGCCAUUCGAACCCCGGACUCUAGGCCAUCUCCCGACUGCGCACAUCGCCGGUGUGCAAGGAUAUUUCGUCAACCCAUUCUACGAAGGCAGUUGCGUAUACUGGAUGCCCAAGUUCAAUUUCGAUGACUUCAUCAAGUACUGCAAAGAGCUCAAGAUUACCUUCUUCUUCAGCGUGCCCCCAAUUUACAUGGCCAUCGCGAAGCAUCCAGCCGUGAAGGACCAGCUGAAGCACCUCCGGUUUGCUAUUAGUGGCGCGGCACCGCUGAAUGGCGAAACACAAGAGGCUGCAGGGAAGAAACUACCGACUGAUGCGUACAUCUCGCAGAUUUGGGGAUUGAGCGAAAGUACCGGUACAGUGACGAAUUUGCCGCCAGAUAGGUCGCCGAUCAACAGUGCUUUGGGAUACCUGCUCCCCAACAUUACACUGAGAUUGGUAGACGAUGACGAAAAAGACGUCAAGCCUGGAGAGGCUGGGGAAGCAUGGUUAAAGGGCCCAAUGAUCACCAAAGGCUACCACAACAAUCCGGAAGCAAACAAGGCGUCAUUCAGCAUGGACGGCUGGUUCAAAACGGGCGACAUCUUGCGCGUGGAAAAGGGUCAGCUGUACAUUGUUGACAGAAAGAAGGAACUCAUCAAAUACAAGGGUUUACAAGUCGCCCCUGCUGAGUUGGAGGGUGUUCUCAUCGCGCACCCUGCCGUCAUGGAUGCCGCAGUAAUUGGAAUAUCCAAAGAUGGAAACGAACUACCGAGAGCAUACGUGGUUAUUGCACCGCCUGCAAAGGGCAAGGUUUCGGAAGAAGACUUGAAGCACUAUGUCAAGAAUCAGGUUUCACCGUACAAGCAGUUGCGAGGCGGUGUUAUUUUUGUUGAUGAAGUGCCACGAAGCCCGUCUGGAAAGAUUUUGCGCCGACAAUUGAGAGAUUUACAGAAGAGAGAGGACAAGCAGUCUAAGCUGUAA